UUUAAAGACUGGUGGACUGAAGACAUAGCAUUAUUUUUAUAUUAAUAAAAAGAAAACGGAAUGCGUUCUAUUUUCAGGAUUUGGGUUACUAUUCACCUUCUCAGGUGUGUCUACUGCGACUUUUGUCAACAAUCAUACACCUGCCGAGGGACAUGUUAUGGAACUCGCAGAUCUUGCUGGUAUUACAGAUGUUCCCGUAGAACAUAUUCCUAUUCCUGCGACCAGACGUGUUACAGGAGCGUUUGUUGUGAAGGGUACACGGGUAACCUUUGCGACCAGAAGAUUGGAUCUCCACCUGAUGCUGUUGAUGAUCCAUGCUCUCUUGCAUUGCCGUUACCAUCAUUUCCGCAACGAAUAAUAGGUUAUGAGUUAACUGCAGAGGAACCUCCAAUCUGUGAUUAUUAUAUAGAGCCCGGAUGGUACUCGAUGCCAGGAUUCAUUUUGUCAACCCGGGCCUUUGUUUGUGGGACAGGCCUCUCAUGGUACACCAUUACAGACCCAUUAAACCUUACAACAACAGAGAUGAAUACGCUUUCGAUGUGCCAGAUUUCCGAAAAUGAUGGAGAUUGUCUGAAAACAAUGACGAAUUACGGGCGAAAAUGUUCCGGAUAUUCCUAUGUGUUUUAUCUCAACUUUGUAGAGACAUGUCCAGAGGCGUAUUGCAUAGAACCACUUCGUCUGUUUGGUACAGAGGACAGAGACAUAGAUAUUGGGAUAGAUGUGACACAUGUUCAGCCAGUCAUCAGUAUGGCCUCAGUACCAGAUAAUGGGCUAUAUAUGAAUGCAUUUUACUGCGAUUUUGACACGAUUGAAAACGACACAUUGUUUUACCAAGUGACAUGGGCUGUGUCAUCAUACAAUAUUUGGACAGAUCUUCUCCACUUACCGGACCCAGUGAGCUUUUUGAACGAGUCCCAGUUCAGAGAAGACACAAAACUCACGCACUAUCAAAUAUUAGACAAAGGAUAUGGUCUUCGAGUUUCGAUCGCCUGUUCAGUGGCUGCUAUGAGAACAGAGAACGGAUCUGAAAGUGUUGUGAAGAUAAGUCCUGAGCAGUUCUGUGGAAUAAAGCUCCUAAACUCGUCAAACAUAUAUUCAGUUUGGACAUCAGGUUUUGAUGCUUCGCAGACCCUCGAGUUUGCAUUUGAAAUAACCGUUCCAAUUUGUCCUGGAUGUAGCGUAUCGGUCGGCAUGGUUGAUCCUAGUAAGACUGAGGACGAAUGCAAAUUAUCUAGCAUAGUUCAAGUAAUGCGCUCGGAAUACUGCGGGUUUGAGUUUAAAAAACAAAACGAAAUAAAAACUAUAUCAUUGGCAGUAGAGCACGGCGAUUGGACUCCCAGCCAUAAUAUGGGAUACAGAAAGUCGUUGUACAUCUACUUUAGAACUGUUCCAUAUCGUCUUAACACUUACUUCAGUGACCAGGACAUAGAUAUUUUGAAGAUAAAUCUAAAUGUUAAUGGAGGAACUAACUUGGCUAGGGCUUGCCAUUCCAACAAUGACCCGCAUAUGUUUACAUUUGAUGGACUGGCUUAUGAAAACCAGGCCUUUACUGGCGCGUUUAUCCUGUACAGAGUCAAAGAAUAUAAAAUCCAGGUUCAGAUGAAGACUGACUGGUGUUCGUACAGAUCGUACGUGAAAUGCAAUUGUGGAGUGGCAAUAAAUGCAGGAAGAGACGUGUACAUUGUAAAUGCCUGUACAACAAGACGAUACUUCGACAUCAGAUAUAAGAAUUGCGAAGACGGGGUUAUUGUCGAUAAGCGAACAACAACAAACAAAAUUGUGGUCGUAUUACCAACAGGAGCUGAAAUUGUCAUAGAUCUAUUUCGACCACCGCAUUUGAACAUCCGGAUAUAUCCCUCUCGUUUUGACUAUGGGAAAACUGACGGUCUAUGUGGUAUAUUGGAUGGAUCAAGAAACAAUGAUCUAACCCCUAAUCCAGAAUCGAGUUCGACCAAUUUUCUUGUCAGCUGGAGGGUGGAUCUUCUUCAAAACCAAGACUUGUUUAGAGACCAUAACUACCCACUCCAUCCUUGGCCCCAGAGUGAAUCUUUCUGCAGCUGCGAACGUCUAACAAAUGAACAAACAAAUGUUUUCGAUUGUUCUAAAAGUCAAGUAAAAUCUUGUGUCUUGGAAAGAGAAUCGACACUAUACCCAAGAUGUGCCUUUUCAAUCGGGCAGAGGGGUAAACGUAGCGUGGAAGAAAACGAUGACAGUUAUACGGAUCCUGAAACGAAUGUUGAUAUCGAGGAGGAGGAAGAGCUUGUAGCCACCGUGGAAUUCGAUUAUGAAACUGCGAAAGAUUAUUGUUUGCGAUCUUUUCAAACUCCGGCAUUGGAUGCAUGUCAGAAUAUCACGAAUUGGAAUUCAAAUACGAGCAUAGAUGAUUGCAUAGCCGACAUUUUGGCUACCAAUUCGACGGACUGGACGAACGGUCACAUAGGCUACCAAGAAGACGAGUGCAUCCAUUCCAUACAAAAGGCUAUACCACCUUCACCUGAGUUUUUUGUUAAUGUUACUCUACUCGUUGAUGGUGAGGAAAUAGAAAAUAUAACCGAGUCAGGGCUUGAUGACAUUACAGACCCUGUUUUCACUGAAGGUUUCUUAGACGUAGUAAAAGGUCAAGUGUGUCCAAGUUCGUGCAAUGGACGUGGCAAAUGUGUAAACGAAACAUGUCAAUGCCAACGGCCUUAUUUAAACAAGGACUGUGGAGGAGAUCUUACUAAACCCGUCAAAAUGCUCGGAAUACCAAAUAGAGGGAAAUGUGACAAACAGCUACGACCCUGUAGGUCUACCUCAGUAUUUGCAUCGAAUCUUGCAGAAAAUACAUCGUGCAUAAUACAAGAAAUAAAGGUUCUGAAAAACAACACUGUAUUAGAAAGUAAAGAAAAGCAUUCUAAAGCAGGACAACUUGUUCAAACACAGGAAGUUAUUUGCGAGCUCCCUACCUCCGUCCGAAAACGAGAUGCUGACCUUUCUACUCUCGAUGACAUAGUUGCGUCCGGAUACACCAUUACGUUAACGAUUGACGGCCAUAGUACGAGUAGCCCCGACACAAUCGUUAUCUUCGACUCUGCUUGUGUAAACUGCACUUACGUUGAAGGCAAACCGGUUUGCUCAACCGAUAUGGACAUGUGUGCCAAUGGAGCGCAGUGUUAUUCAAUAAAUUCCACGACCGGAUGUAACACAUGUACCGAUAUUGGUGGCGCUGCAGUGUGGGAAUACAGAUGUGAGCUUGCCGGUUGUAACCCAUGCUUGAAUGGAGCAACAUGCGAGAGUGGAGACGUACGAGUCAUAUGCAAAUGCCCAAGUGGUUGGAAAGGAACAUACUGCCAACUUGCUGUACCAUCGGAGGCAACAACAAAGAUACUUGUCAUAGUGGUAUUGACAACUCUUCUAGGACCUAUGGCUAUUUUAGGAGCAGUCAUUGUCAUUAAAAGGAAGGUUUUUCGCACGACUACACAGACUGCACCUUUACACGAACCUGUGUAUGAAAUGCCGGUGGAAACAGCGUAUUUAUACGACCAUGUAAUGCCCGAAACAAAGAACGAACACUCCAACAAAGAUGACGAUGUUUUGGACUUAGAGACGACCAUCAUAAACACACGUGUUGAUGUUUUGCCUUACGGGUACACUGAAAAAGGGUCACGCCUAAAGGGAUUUUCUGCGAUGCAAGACCUAGACAUGUGAUUAAAUAUUGAUCUUUGAGAAACAAAAUGAUGAUGUUCUAACGUACGGUGUAUUUGGACGUGUAUUUCGUUACGUUGAACAUUAAUUGGAUUGUAUGAAUUUUGAGUCAAGACUAAUAUAAAGUAGCGACGAGUGUUAAAUAAAAACAUAAAAUGAAAUAUAGACACGAACCACUUAUUGUUUAUUCGAAUGAUACUUAAAAAGCCGAUUGCAGUUGUUUACGGUGAAUUCUUACACGUAGCUAAAUAAUAUCAUUUAUAAACAGAACAUAUUGUAUAUUUUGAAAAGUGAUAUGUGUACUUCAUAAUGAUUGUUACUUCGUUUUAACGUGCUUUGCAUGUAAUAAAAUGUGCACAUGUUGCCACUAUCAGCUCUAUUGUAAGUUUAGUUGGACAUGUCAUUGGAUAAUACUGUAUAUGCAUUUUACUUUAUACUUUCAUUCUCGAAACAUCGUAAGCCUGUUUGGAUAUAUCUGAGACUUGAGAUAUAAUAUUAAUGCUAAUCCAGAUAAACUAUUUUCUUUGUUAUUUCUUUGUUAUAAAAUAUCAAGUUUAAAUAAAUGAUUUGGACUAUUAAAAAGGAUUUAAUCUUGUUACCUUAAGAUGUUUCGAGAAAUUUUGGCCAGGAACGGCAUUCAUAAAACAUCUUAACUAAUUUCCUAAUUUAAUGAAUGUUUAUAAAAGCUUAAUAAUAUUUGAAUUGAUUUUUUAUUGAUGUUAUUAUAUAAACAUCCUUUUAUUCUAAAAUCGCUUAUACUUUUCGUUUAAUUUGACAAUGAAAAAUUAAAGAAUUUGCCUUAAGUUAAUAAAUGACUUACGAUGUUUAAUGAAUACCGGCCCGGGGUAGUAUUCAAUAUUGGUCUUAAUUGGAUCUAAGAUUCAUGUAGCGUAUCAGAUUAAGAGGUAUAAAUAACACACCAAUACAGUGAAUGAAAUCAAUGAUGUAUAACCAUAAGAUUGACUUAAGUUGCAUAUUGAAUACCACUCCAGGUAUACAUUGUAUUGGCAUUGUACUAUUAACCGUUUAUAAGCAUGUUA